ACCAUUAAUUUUCUUAUGAUCUUUGCUCUUAUAUCCAUACCCUCUUGCCCUAAUCUAGAAGGUCUCCUAACAGAACUUCCUCAGUCUCCUUUUUCCUGUUUCCUUCUGUCUUUAGCUAUGGGUAAUGAUGUUUGCAGUAUGGCAAUACAUUCUGUGCAAAAGAAAAUUUCAGUUGAGAUACAAUGAUGUCCAGAGUAUGUUCAGCUUUGUGUUCUCUUCUCUCUCUGGCGCUUUGCACAACCAGUCUAGAUCUCAGCCAGAUCCAAGUUUAUCCAGAAAAUGGUGGAAUCUCUGAAGUAUUUAUAGCCCAGCUCAAGGACCAACCAUACAGCUUCAAUGCCAUUACAGCUAUAGAUGUAUGCAGAAGUCUGGGUGUUAGUAUAGCUACUCGUGCUCAAGUGGAAACUGCGCAGACCAAUGGCUUACAGACUUGCAGAUAUGGUUGGGUUAUGGAGAAAGUAGCUGUUAUUCCUCGAAAGGAGAAAAAUCCAGUCUGUGGCCAAAAUAAAGUUGGAAUCAUUGUUUGGGCUACUUCUCCUAACCGAUUAUUUGAUGUGUUUUGCUACAAUUCAACAGCAACAACAUCAACCACCCCAAAUAUGACAACGGUGUCUGAUGGGAAGACGGAUGCUAAAACAACCUCCUCAUCGUUCUUUCUGUCAACUCAGUUUAACAAAAACUUCCUUGGUUCAUCCCCAUCUCCACAACCCAUUUCCACUGGUUUCAACACCUCUGUGAUACCUACAAUAUUUUCUUCCACAGUCACCCCUAUGACCACAAAGAGCUCUCAAACAUCACCACAUUCUACCUCCCUAACAACUGCUGGAUACCAUUCAUCCAUUUCCUCCUCAUUUUCUACUUCCUUCUAUUCUACAAAUACUUUCUCACAUCCAUUUACUAACUUUUCAUCUGUAACCAUUUCAACUAAUGAAACAGAUAAGCAACCCCCUUCUGGAAAAGGAUUUUUCUUUGGAGCAGUGUCCAUGGCAUGUGUCAUCCUUCUUGUGGUGCUCCUGAUGAUGGCAGUAACAGGAGCAGUUUGGUAUUUCAAGAUUAAACAGCCACACCGUCUUUCUCCAUGGAAAAGGAUUUGCCACAAAGAUAUG